UUUAGUUCUGUGAAAUUCCGUUAGAGAAAUAUAUUCUGUAGUUAUUAUAGGUUAUAAACAAUUUUUGAUUUAAAAGAAGUUUAAAUAUUAAAAUGAGUAAGGAUAUAGCUAAUAAGGCAUGGAAUAUGAUGCGAGCCCUCCCAAGGGUUAAUUUGGCUAAUAUUAGGGACAAUCCAGGUACUCGUUUGGGAAAGAAACGGGGUAGAGCACAGCAUGGUGGUGAUAAACAUGGUGAUGGUAAUAAGGGCUCAGGGCAAAGGCAAAACUUUUUGAGAAUUGGUUAUGAGACUGGUAAUAAUCCAUUCUAUUUAAGAUUUCCACAUGAACCUUAUUACAAGGGACACCACUUGAAAAGGCAAUAUCCACCAAUGUCAUUGAGUAAAUUACAAUUGCUCAUAGAUACAAACCGAUUAGAUAUUAGCAAACCAAUUGACUUGGUGAGCUUGUUAAAUACUGGAUUAUAUAAGCUCCAUCCAGAUCAGCGCCAGUUUGGUGUGAAUUUAACAGAUGAGGGUGCUGAUUUAUUUAAGGCAAAGAUAAAUAUUGAAGUGCAAUGGGCCAGUGAAUUGGUUAUAGCCGCAGUUGAGAGGGCAGGUGGUGUCAUAACCACAUCUUAUUAUGAUCAGCACAGUUUACAGACAAUGUUAAACACUAAGAAAUUUUUUGAAAGGGGAACCCCAAUACCAAAAAGGAUGAUUCCACCACCAGAUGCAAUUGAAUAUUAUUCAGAUCCCUCAAACAGAGGAUAUCUGGCUGAUCCAGAGAAAAUGUCACAAGAAAGAUUGGUAUUGGCUCAGAAAUAUGGCUAUGAAUUACCUCAAAUCGAAAAUGACAAGGAUUAUGGAAUGUUGAUUGAGAGAAAAGAUCCUAGACAAAUUUUCUAUGGACUUCAUCCAGGUUGGGUAGUCAAUUUAAGGGAAAAGGUUAUUCUCAAACCACAGGAGGAAGAAUUAUUGCAGUACUAUAAUUCGUAGAUGAUUGGAAAUUUGUUUAGUUUUA